UUAGCUCCUCCCCGUAUCCUCAGCCUACUGGAACCGAUUCGGCAUAUGGAACACUGUAUCGAGUUUUCAGUGCAUGGGAACCCUCCACCCCAAAUCCAUUGGCUGUACAACGGCCAGUAUCUUAGGCAAACCGCCUUCAUCCGCAUGGACGUCUACCAGGGUGGGGACAUCACAGAUGGCUGUUUGCUCUUCAACCAUCCCACUCAUUACAACAAUGGCAACUACACCAUCGUGGCUACCAACUACUUGGGAACAGCCAACCAGACUGUCAGAGGACAUUUUCUGGAGAAACCAUUUCCAAGCAUUUCAGAUAUCUUUGUCACAUAUGAGUACAGUCCGAGUCCCUCCCCUCUCAUCACAGUGACACAUAAGCCAGAGGAAGACACAUUUGGGGUAUCUAUCGCAGUGGGUCUCGCGGCAUUUGCCUGUGUUCUCCUGGUGGUCCUAUUUAUUAUGAUCAACAAAUAUGGACGGCGAUCGAAGUUUGGAAUGAAAGGUCCUGUGGCUGUAAUCAGUGGAGAAGAGGAUUCUGCUAGCCCACUUCAUCACAUCAACCACGGCAUCACCACACCUUCAUCGCUGGACACUGGCCCAGACACGGUGGUGAUUGGUAUGACCCGGAUUCCUGUCAUCGAAAACCCACAGUACUUCCGACAGGGCCACAACUGCCAUAAACCAGACACAUGUUUCAGAGAAAUUAUGUUGAAUCCAAUAACCCUUCCUGGACAUUCUAAUCCUCUUAACCAUCAUGGCAUUUAUGUUGAAGAUGUCAGUGUUUAUUUCAGCAAAGGACGUCAUGGCUUUUAAAAAGAACAAAAAAAAAAAACUCACACACAAUCAACAGCGCAAAAACAAAAAAAAGGUGAAAGACAAAAAAAAAGUGAAAUCAAAAAGAAAAAAAAGAAAACCACCUCCUCGACAGGUUCCUUCUUUCAAUGUCAAGUUUGUUGGUUGUGCCCUUUGAGAGUUUUAUGGGACACUUUCACAAAAGCAUGGUCUGUACACAGAUCAAAGCCACCGCCGGGUGGAAUCGGACCUCAGUCUCCCUCCUGCUGAAACAACAACAACAACACAGGGGUGUACUUUUGUGUUUUUUCCCCUCCUGCCACCAGUUCAAAGGAAUGUUGUCCUCUUCUGUUGGUCCUAGUGUUCUUUUUUUCCCCCUCCAUCGGUUGCGGUGUUGCUACAAGGCAUAACAGGAGCAAAGCAGAGCAACAAAUUACAUUUUGUUGUUGUUGUUUUUUAUUGAAGGGGGAAAAAUAAGAUAAAGAUGUUCUCAAAGGAUGCGUCACAAUGGAUGCACUUUGCUUUUUAUUUUAUUUUAUUUUUCUUAUAUAAAAAUAAACAAGACCCAAGCAACUGAUCUGAAUCCGGAAAUUUUAGCGGUGGUCUUUUUGGCCUUGGAAUCCUUGUGACGUCACAACGUUCAAUGAAGACCACUUACUCUCUCUCUCUCUCUCUCUCUCUCUCUCAACUUGCAAGUAGUUAAGGUUAUGGGAGGAUACUCCAAAGCGAGAAGAGAUGAGACUUCAGAAGAUGUUUUAACAGAGUGAAGACCCUUGGUAAGAAAAGAUAAAACGAAGGCAGCCUCCACGUCUUCGCCCCUUCCUUGUAUCCCAUCUAGCCAUAAAGUUAUUGUACCAGAACCUAUAUGGAAAAGCAAUCAAGGAGAAAAAAAAAACUGGGCUGCUACUCUUAACCUUAAAAAAAAAAAAGAUGAUAUGGUGGCUUUGUUUUGAAUACAAAUUUAUUUGUAGGAGGAUCUUCUGUUUGUGCGUGCGCGUGCGUGCGUGUGAGUGUAUGUGCCUUUUGUGCGUUCGACCUGCUCUUCGGCUAUCUGUGUUCUGUUUUCGUACACCAGCCUUUUCCCUGCUGCUUGUAUAAUGGCUUUAUCUCCGGGGAUGGGAGUUGUGUGGAUGCGUGUGUGUGUGUGUGUUUGCGGGUGUGCGUGUGCAUUUGUGGGAUGGUGGGGAGGUAAGGAGCUCCUGGACUUCACACCAUGGAUGGAUGAGGAGUGGUGUUGCAGAUCUCAACAAGUCUAGGGACAAAAAAAAAUGUAGAAGAAAUCCACAAGUUUUUUUGUUUUUAAAUUCAUUCUCCGAUCUGCAAACCAACCAUCUUUUUCUGCCUUCCUAUCUCAUUUUCCCCUCCUCUUCCAUCCCUUUCCAUUAAUUUCUCGCCAAGUUAGAGAUGUAUUAUAAUUCAGUCAUGCACUCUGAAUGUAUGGUUGGCUCAAGGCAUACAAACUAAGCAAAAGGAGAUUGGAAUAAGACUCUGGCUUCAAUACAAAUAUUGAUUCUAGACUCAGCUCUCUAUAUAGACAUCUACGUUCUGUUCUUCUUUCUCACACCUUAACUCCAUCUCAAAACCUUAGCAAUGGAAGCAGGAAGAAUGCUGGCCUUGAUCUCCACCCUGGAAAGAAAUAUCUGUUCGGUAUUUUUCCCCCUCAGUUUCAGAUGAGGGGUCGGUGGGGAAUGGAAUUAUCAAUAUUAGAUAAGCUCCGUCAGAGUCUUAGUCAAAUGUAGUGAUAGAAUGUGGAACAUAGAAUCAUAAGGCUGGAAGGGAGGUCUUCCAAUCUAAUCCUUUGCUCAAGGCAGGAGGCUUUACACCCGGUUAUUGGAUUCAGCCGGUUUGCACCUAUUUGGGAGAACCAGUUGUUAACUUUCUAAGCAAUUCAGAGAACCGGUUUUU